AUGGCAGAUUCUAUCUAUAAUCAAUUAAGUCGAUAUACACAACCACCAUUAAUCAUUUUGGGAACUAUGGGAGCUAUAUUCAAUCAAAUUCUCUUUACUUCUCGAAAAUCAUUGCGAACAACUUCAUGUUCAUUCUAUUUUCGAGCACUUUCAUUGAAUGAUUUUCUUGUUCUUUAUAUCUAUGUACUUCUUCAAUGGCUUGCUGAUCAAUAUGGGUUUGAUCCAACAAAGAAGUUUGACUGGUAUUGUAAGAUGAAAACUUAUUUACAAACUGUUCUUUAUACUUUAUCUCCAUAUUUUGUUGUUUUGGCUUGUUUUGAUCGUUUAUGUACGAGUUCAACACAUGUUCGAUUACGACGAAUUGCAACUGUUCGUAUUGCAUCAUUUCUUAUUCCUGCUAUGACUAUAUUUAUUUUUGCUAUUUUUUCUCAUAUGCCAUUCUUUUAUAUAUUGAAUUCUUAUCCAACAGGAUCAUAUUGUACUCCGGCCUCUGUAGAAUACAAUAGAGUAUUUGCUAUACUUGUCGUUAUAGCUUUAGGAAUUGUACCUCCAAUUUUAAUGAUGAUUUUAUGUAUUACUACACUCAUUCUUCUUCGUCGUCAACGUCGUCGAAUAAUGCCAAUAAAUCAAGCACGAUUACGUCAACGUGAUAAUCAGUUAUUGAAAAUGCUACUUCUCUAUGUAGUAUUUCAUGUGAUAACUACUAUUCCGUUUAGUACAACAUUACUGAUUGCUGUCUAUCAAAUAUCAUCAACAUCACCCACAAUAAUUUUACUAUACCGCUUAUCAAUUCUAUUAUUUAAUACAAAUUAUUCAACAAGUUUCUAUAUUUAUACACUUAGUACUCCAUUUUAUCGACAGGAAUUAUUUUGUUUAAUUAAAGACACUGUGAAAAAAUUCAAUAGAAUAAUUCGACCCAAUUAUUAUCAACCAAAACUUCAUAUAACUGUUAAUACACAAUUGAAAAGAUCAUAA